CUCAACGACUCCUUUCGUGACCUCUGCUUCUAUCUCUACAAAUGCUUCAACUCACUCCACUGUCUCAACACCUCCUUCACCACCAACAAUGCUCCGGUGUCUCACUCCCACUCAAACGUCAACUACCACCAAAUAGCACACUUCUUCAACCUCAUCCUCUCUCUACCCACAAAGAAACCCUUCUUCAUCGUCCUAUCUGCCCUCAACAACCUCCUAAAAUCCUUUCCCACAGCCCUCACCACCAUCACCUCAAACCCAACCAACCUACGCUUCUUUCUCAUCAUCUUGCAACUACCUUCCCUCCACUCGUCGCUCCUAACAAACACCUCCUCUCCUUCAAAUAAUCUUCUCGUUCUCUUCAACAGAACAGAAAUCAAGUCCCUCAGCUUCCAAAUCUUGUCCAGGUCUCUAGGUCUACUAAGCAACCUCAACCAAUUCUCCAUCAACUACCUUGCCAAUUGGUUCUCCAGAUUGUCUCUCAACCACUUUACCCAGAAAAUUGACCUUCUCAAUCUAUACAUCAACCUAAUCCUAAGACUACACAUCAAUUCAAUCCCAACUCAAUCCCAUCAUCAGUUCACAAACAACUCCUCCUUAUCCCUUUACUCUCUACACUCAUCCCAAGACUCCCUCUCUUCUAACGACAAAUUCCUCUACACAAACUCUCUAUCAAUUGAUACACCAUCUCACCAAAACAACACCACCACAAAUCUCUCAAAUCUCUCUCCUCAAACACCAUCCUCUUCUGCUUCUGCUGCUUCCCAAAACUCAUUUAUCCCUCUACCUCUAUCCACCCUAUCCAGAUUAUCCACCUGGGGCUCUCCCUUCUCUUCUCAAAGGAAAAACAACCUUCCUUUCUCAAUUACAAAAACAAUCCCCAUAUCCAAAUAUUCCCACGACUGGAGACUAAAAGCAGCCUCAAAAGUCCUAUCCUACUUCUACACCGCCAAUAUCAACAACUCAAUCUCAAAUGGCCUCCAGAAAUGCCCUUCUUCCUUCUUUUAUAACACCUUUGUCGACUUUAUUCACUUCAAACAAGACUUUGACACAUGGCAAAACUCCUCAUCCAACAACAACAACAACAACAACAGCAACGACAAUUACAUCAACCAAAUCAUCUUAUCCAUAAACAAUCCCUCUCCCAACAAAAAUUCUUUCACCUUUUGUCAAUACCCUUUCCUUCUUUCUUUAGCCGCUAAAAUCAAAAUCCUAGAAUACGAAGCAAAACGCCAAAUGCAAAAUGAAGCCGAACAAGCAUUUAUAAAAUCCAUUGACAAAAAAACUUUCAUAGACGUUGUCUUUAAAAUUAGAGUGCGAAGAAACUUCAUCACCACUGACUCCCUCUUUUCCAUCAAAAAACAUAAAAAUGACUUGAAAAAAUCCCUUCGUGUCGAAUUCAUUGGCGAAUCUGGCCUUGAUGCUGGCGGCUUGAAAAAAGACUGGUUCCUUCUCCUAACAAAAAACCUAUUCAACCCAGAAAACGCAAUGUUCUUCUUUAGCGACGAAUCAAAUCUCACAUGGUUCACCCUAAAACCUAUCGACAAUAACUACGAACUAUACCACCUAGUAGGCGUCGUCCUCGGCCUAGCCAUCUACAACUCAACAAUCCUAGACUUGAACUUUCCCUCAGCCUUGUACAAAAAACUACUCAACAAACCAGUAAACAUAAACGACUAUGCUAUCCUAUAUCCCCAAACUGCCCACGGUCUAAAUGCCCUACUAAACUACAACAACGACGACUUUGAAGACAUCUUUUCUCUAUCCUUUGUUGUCACAUACAAAGACCUAUUCGGCAACAUUCUAACAGCUGAUCUAAUCCCCAAUGGCUCAAACAUAAACGUCACCAACAAAAAUAAACAUCUAUACGUUCACAAAUACGUCGACUUCUUCUUAAAUAAGGCAAUCCAUCUCCAAUUCAAUGCCUUCAAAUCUGGCUUUGACAACGUUAUUAACGGAAAUGCAAUCUCCCUAUUUUCCUGGGAUGAAAUCCAACUACUACUCUGUGGUUCCGAUGAACAACAUGGAAAACUAGAUGUCGUAUCACUAAGACGAAUCUCAAAGUACAACGGAUGGGACUCAGUUCAACAAGCACAAAAUAGCAACGUCGUUAACUGGUUCUGGCACUAUUUCGAAAACUUAAGCUACCUCCACCAGAAAAAAUUAUUGCUCUUCGUAACUGGCUCCGAUAGACUCCCAGCAAUAGGAAUCACUUCCCUUAAUUUCAAAAUCACAAAAUUAGGCGACGAUUCAAAUAACCUACCAAUAGCUCACACUUGCUUCAACGAAAUCUGUCUCUACGAAUACUCAUCAGAAGAAAAGUUUCUUCAAAAAUUAGAAUUUGCAAUUUUUGAAAGUGAAGGUUUUGAAUUGAAAUAA